GAACAGCAGACCAGCCAGACCUAGAUAUUGCCGAGCCGUGCUCCAGAAACGCGCCCGAUCAUAGAUUUCGCCGUGUCCGAGAGAAAAGCCUAGAUAACGCCGUAAAUGGGGAAGAGCCUCGAUCAAGUCCCAUGAACAAUCCGAGCAUCGAUAAUUUCGGCCAAGUGCCACGUCUUUUCUGGCAGGAAAAUAACUAAGAGAGCUCCGUUGGUCACGGCAAAAGGGGCUCUUGAAAGCCGUCCAUCUCGCGCAAUUCCGCCGCGUCCUGCGGUUUAGCCAGGUCGAGUUUCCAGUCACGGCGUUAUGAUAAACGUGUAUGUGGUAGCCUGCUGGUUGCACGGGCUACGCGUUAUUCUUCUUUCGGACUACUCUUUAAUCUCCUGUCGCUGCCUCGCUUGUUCCCAUCGGUCAUCGUCUCACACCUUCACGCCACGCCUAAUCCUGUCACACACGUCUCUCUAGCUUAGUCGAUUAAUCUCCUCUCCGCAAUGAACGGACGGUCUUACCGGACGGGUAUACGCGCAGUCGUCUUCCUCCUCCUGCUCUCGUGCCGCGUGCCAGCGUCUCAUGCGUCCACAGCCGGCCUUAUCUGCGGGCGGAAUGACGACUACCUCGGCCAAUCCCUCCCUCGCUCUUUCUUCGAGACCCACGCUGAUGUGGAGCCAACGGGCGCCACGUCAGCUCCAGCGCAGGAGCAGCCACUUAGGAGAGUACGACAUCGCGGGAUUCGAACCCUGCUCUCCAUGCAACACGCUACACCAAGCAGCAGUUGCCGCAGCGGUCCGUUCUGAGGCGAGUGGGGGAGGGAGCGAUGCACUACGAGCUGGAAAACGUGUGCAUCCAUGCGCGGUUUCAAGGGAGGGGGUGACAUUGCACCGAGUAGAGGGUAUGGAGGGCGAUGGCUUGCCCCUAUGCAACGAGGCAGGUUGCUACACCUUUCCAGUCACACGCACCAAUGACAGGCUGCCAGGUGGCAAGCGGGGCCACAACGGAUGGAUAGAGGACGCGACAGCUGUCAUUCUCCCGCUCACGGCCGGCAAUCCUUGGCAUUUUCUGCAUCACCUUGUCCCUCUGUCGCAUCUCCUCUCGUCCCAGCGCCACACCAUGCGCAACGACACGGCACAUCUCUUCCCGUGCCUUGCGAGGGGGGCCGAAGACAUGCUCGCUCACCCCUCCCACAUGAAUGGGGAGGGCAUAAAUCAUGGGGAGGGGAUACAGGAAGAUGGUUCUUCUGCAAAAGAGACCGCACAUGACAUGCUCUCUCACCCUUCUGCACAUGACAUGCAUAGUGGUGGCAGUCAUCAUACCCACGACACCCAUGCCCAUGCCCACACAACUCCGCAAUUUACUGUGCCACCCAGUGAUUACUUCUCGCCACGCCACUUCCCCUGGUGGCCACUGCUCGCUGCUGCCGCCCCUCCAGAUAUGACCGUCUAUCAGGUGCGGUGCUCAGACUUGUAAGUGUGCUUACGUAGGGUUUCUUCUAUCCA